UUUAUUCAAAGAAGUAUUGAUGCGAAUCAAAGAUUUGAUUUGAAUUGUUUGAAUAUUGAUUUGAAUUUGAUUAAAGAAUUUUGAUUUUGUUACGAUUUGAUUUAUAUCAUUGAAGAUUAAAAAUGAAAGAUAUACCAGAUGAAUUGGCAAGUAGAUUGAAAUCUUGUAGAAUGAAUAUCACAUGCUUAUCGUUCCGAAAAUGGGAUAAAGAUCGUUCAUCAUUAUUGAAAGAUGAAUUACAUGAACUGCAUGAACAAUUGGUCCUUUUGCUUGAACCUGAUGAAGAAUUUCCUCCAGAAUUAUUGAACAAAAUGAUAGAAUAUUCUGAUUUGAUUGAAAAUUAUAUGAAACGAUUUGAGCCUAAGAUUCAAGUCAAUGAUGUGGUUGUUCGUAACGUUAAUAAUAGUGACGGUAAUGGUGGUGAUGAUGGUGAUGUUGUUAAUGAAUUGGCUAGCUUAUCGUUAUCGAACAAAACAAAAAUUCGAUUAGAACAGUUGCCAACAUUCGAUGGUAAAUUCGUAAAUUGGAAACCAUACAAAAGUAUGAUAGUAAACUUAUUGAUAAGCAACAUGACUAUUGAUGAAGUGAUGAAGAAAUCUUUGCUAUUGAAAACGUUGUCUAAUGAACCUGCUCGUAUAGUUGGAAUUUUAAUUGGCGAACUAAAAGGCUUAUCGGAAAUUUGGGUCAAACUGUGUGAAAAAUAUGAUGACCACGAAUUGGCCAUUCUAGAAAUUAAGAAUGAUUUAAAUAAAAUUCCUAGGAUUGUCAAUGAAAACCAAACCGAUAAUUUAAAAAUGGCUAAGGAUAUUGUCGAAAAUGCAAAUUUGGCUGUGAAAUUUUUAGAAACUGAUUCUUCUUUUUAUGUCACGAAUUUGAUACAAGCUGUUGCCUAUAAGUUUUAUUAUCGGGCACAAAGAAAAAUGCUAUCUGAAAUGUCGAAUUUUGAAGAUGUUGUAAAAUAUAUUGAUAAAUUAUAUAAAUCGGCAUUGAAAUAUGAUUAUAACAAAAUUGAAAAGUUCGAUCAAUCUACAAGAAAUAAAGAAGAAACGAAAAAAGCUUUUGUUGCUGCUAUUUCAUCGAAAUAUUGUUUUAUUUGUGGCAGUAACCAUCAAAAAACUUAUGAAUGUUUUGGAAAAUUUGAUUCGAAAACCAUUGCUGAAAUGAUCAAAGGCAAGGGUUUGUGUUUGAUAUGUCUGCAUAGAGGCCAUCUUAGCAGAAAUUGUUCUUCGAUUAUUGAUAAAAAAUGUGAAAAGUGUGAUAAGUUUCACGCUACUGAAAUGCAUGACGUAUUGAAUGAAAUAUAUCAAACUAAACCGAAAGGAAUCGCUGCAUCGAUUCCAUCAUCAUCGGAAUCGUCAUCAUCAUCAGGAUCAUCGAAUGGUGAAUCUUCGGAUAGUGGAUCAGUAGCCGCUAUCUCUUAUCGAAGUUUGUCUAAUGAAUUUGAUGCAAUAAGAAAUGGUAAUCUUGAAAAUCGUCCAAUGAUCUAUGGAAAAUGCAAUGGAAAAGAAAGCGUUAUAUUGUUGGACAGUGGUUCUAAUAUUUCGUUGAUUGAUCCUGAUUUGUUAUUAGAUGAUCAGAAUAUUUCGGAUAAAAACUAUUCAAUGUUAGCAUCUUCGCCGUUGGGAGAAGACAAAACCAGUCACAAGAAAGUGGUUUUGAAGAUUCGUGGCAAUUCAUACGAAAUUUCUAUUGAUUUGUUCGCCAUGAAAAUGAAUGAAAAGAAUUUAAUCAUUAUUGGAACUGAUAACUUAGGUUUCUUUUAUAAGAAUCAACCAAAAGUUCUGUCAAUUCCCACGAUUUUUGGUGACAUCAGUUACCAAGCACGAAAGGAUUUUGCAGCUUGUAGCUCAACCGAAAUGAAUAAUCCGGCUGCUCGUGAAAAUGUAUUCGAUAUUGUUGAAUUUAAGGAUGAACAAUCAUCUAUGCCUAAAGAAGAGUUGUUGAAACCGGAAUCAGGAAAUGUUUUGAAUAUCGACAAUGAUAAUUUGAACAUCGAUAGAGAUGAAGAUGAUGAUAUUCGGAUCAAGCUACGAAUUGGUCAAGUUAUUGGUCGUUUUGAAGCUCAAUUAUCGAUUUUAUCCGUUCAACGUCCGAAGGACAACUUCGAAAAAGUAUCUGUCGCUGAAUCAAGACUACUUGCUCCAUAUGAACUAGGCAAUGUAUUGAACCAAAUGCACUUUGUUUUUUCUUCCCGUAUUACAAUGUGUUUUGACUCGAUGUUUAAUGUACAACGUUUUGGCUCGUCAACAUCUAUCAAGAAUCUCGAGUUAGCUGAUCGUGUUGUUGACUUGCAAAAAUUGAUUUCUAUUGCUCGAUUGUUUAUUUUUGUGGAUAAAAAGAAAAUGAUCUUCAGCGAUAAUGAAAAUUCUAGCAAAUUGGAUAAUCGAAAAUUUGAAUGGAUAUUUUUUCCACUUGGUGCUUUUGAAAUUGCAAACGGACGACAACAACAACCGAUGACUGACGACGUUGCUGUUUUGGAAACAAAUGGAAUUUGGCCGAAUCGUUUGAAAGAAUUUCGUUCUAAAUUUAAAAAGUUUUGGCAUCCUCAUUGUUUGGCUUUUCUAAAACAGAUUAAUGAACCGAAUUUUACUGAUAACAAAACUGGUAUUCAUGGUUCAGUGUCUUCCGAUCGUUUUAUCAGACGUAAUCUAUGGCUUUUCGCAUUAACAGAUGACGAGUUUAAAUUCCCUUUCCGCGCCGGGAGUGUUGUGAACACAACCUUUGAAUAAACAACAUUGUUUUACUCACAAUCGAUUUGUAUGAUUUGUAUGAUUUGAAACUGAAAUUGUGUGUACUUCAUUACACGGCUAAUUUUGUAAAUGGACCAGCUAUCAAAAAAAAAAAUUGACAUAAUCGAAACUAGCCUUCUCUUAACGCCCCAAAUUGAAUAGAGCAAAACAAACACUUCAAAC